UCACGAUGGGUUUUGAUGUAUUUACUGUGGUUAUUGAGCCACAUCAACCCGUGUAUUUCAGUGAGCAGGUUGUUGAAGGUUAUGUUAAAAUUGCUACAGAAAAAACAGUGUCUUGUAGAGGUAUAACGCUGACGGCCAAAGGUGUAGGCAAGGUGUCGUGGACCGAAGAUGACGCCACGUAUUCGGCGUCAGAGGAAUAUUUCCGCGAAACUCACACCAUUUGGUCAGGUGCUCACCAGAGAGAGAAGUUCCCUGCUGGCGAACACAGGCUGCCCUUCGCCUUCCAGAUCCCUAAGGACACCCCAUCGUCCUUCCAGACUGCGGCCGGCAAAGUGCGGUACCAGGUCAAGGCUGUGGCUGACAGGCCAGGCCACGUUGGUCAUUCGUCCACGGCAGUCUUUUCAGUCAACCACCUCUAUGAUCUCAGUUCUGACAGCGAUGCAAGGACUGCAAUAAACCAAGAACGAGAAAAAGCCGUUACUUGCUGCUGUUCCCGGUUUGGACCCAUCGCCCUGACCCUGGCGGUAGAGAAACGAGGCUACGUCAGAGGAGAGAACAUAGUCAUCAACGGGGAGAUAGUGAACAACAGUGGGUCCACCAUCAAGUACACGGAGGCCAAAAUUGUGCAGAAGACCACCUACAUCACCAGAGACCACACGAAGUCAGAGAGUCGCACGGUCCAACGCGUCUAUCGCCCGCAGAUUCAGCCCGGGAGAGCAGACGAGUGGUCACGUGUCCUCCUGCCUGUGCCUGCAGUCACACCCAGCCAUCUCGUGCACUGUAACAUCAUCAACGUCGAGUAUAACUUGGUCUUUGGAGCCAAACUCGGGAAGUGCAAAAGAGCAGAGAUUACAGAGACUAUCAUCAUUGGGUCUGUCCCGCUGCCAGGUUCCACUGUCGCUCCCCACACAUCUGUUAGAGCUGGCGGAACAGUCCUGGCGAACUCCGUAGGCCGUGCAGACUCCCCACGAGUUGAGCAGUCUCGUCGGCCAGGUCAAGGAGGUGAUCAUUCUUCGUACAACAGGGUCGCCAUGUCUGAGCAGUAUGCGAAUGUCCCUCCCCCUUCCUACGAGUCCUGCGUCUUCAGCGGUGGACGGCAGAGCGCGUUUGGCAAUGACAGCGACGGCGAUGGAGGUGGCUUUACCCCACGUUAUAACGCAUUCAGAAGACACUAAUUUUUUCAUACUUUUCAUAGGUUUAGAUUAUUAUCACACAUGAUUUGAUACUUAGGUUGGGUAGUUGUUAUGGUUAUAAGAUUGUGUAUUUACGUUUUAAUGAUCAUUCCCUGUACUAAUGAUUGAUUUUGUAGUUCGAUUUUUUUAUAUUUAAGUACUCUGAUUCAGCAAAAGUUGAGAGCUUAAUUCCUUCAGGAGAACGGCCUUAAGCCAAGGGCUCGGACUUGGUUCGCGACCCAGGGUGGAUGCUACCCCGGCCACCCUUUCUCCUCAAGGCCGACCCAUGACCGAUCUGCGACAAACCCAACCCUGAUCGACCCUACCCAUAACAGACCCUGAAGACCACUUUUCAAAAUCACACAAAAUGCAAGGUUCGCGAAUGUUAAAUGCAUGAAUGAAAAUCAAUCGCUUUUGCACGUGAAUCAUCCCUUUAUCAUCAAAGAGGACCUUGAUGGCCAAGCGGACGGCGAUUUAGAUUUUAUCCGAAAAUUACGAGAUGGAAGCCUCCGUGUAAAACUGCAAUAUUACUCCCAGAUUAAAGAUUUACUUCAGCUGACGCAAAUUUAUGAUCUCCGAGUCAAAGUAACUAUUCCUGUUGGUCCAAAUACCUGUAAGAGAAAAGUUUUUCAUGGAGAUUUGAGGACGAUGGAAGAAAGCGAAAUUCUGGGGAACAUGAAGGACCAAGACGGAGUGGACGUUGAUUGUAUGACCUAGAAGGACGGAAAUGUGAGAACGAAAACAUUUACUUUAAAUAAAAUCCCUGAAUAUGUCAACGUUGGAUAAAGCCCAAAUCCCACACCUGCCAUCUCCUACCCCCCAGUGGCGUUGACAAGUUGCUUAUGCAAGGUCAUGGAACGAACUUUUAAGAGUAAGCUAUUGCGUUUUUAAAAUUCCAGAAAUUUACUGGAUGACGAGCAGAGGACAGGGACGCCAAACUGUUGGUCAACUAGUAAACCUGGACACAUAUUCAAGGGGCAAUUGCCAAAAAUUAUCCUUUUUUAUUUCAAUAUUUUUAGACAGAGAAAAAGCCCACAACAGGACAUGGAGAUAUGGCCUACUCAGAAAACUUUAUGCUUUUAGAUCAUGUAGAAACUUGCCUUCUUUCAUCCAAAAUUUCAUUUCCAGCAGAACUUUUGCUGUCAAAUUGUUUUCUGACAAUGUCACUUUCUCGAACAUUUUUGUUCAGUCGAACGGGGAUCCCACACGGGAGCGCCUUGGCACCAACAUUAAUUCUGUGUAUAAUCAAUGAUAUCUUACCAGCUCCCCCUCGGAAUCUUAAAUCCUUACUGUACGCUGAUUAUUAUGCAUUGUGGCAUUCAAGCAGAAUUUUCGGCAAAUCUCGUCUAGCACUGGAUAUAAUUCAUAGUGGGGGCUCCCAGUGUUUUUUUUUUUUUCUUU